UGUCGGGAUCGUGGAGGCUCCGCGGUGGGUGGGGCCGCGCCUCAGCGGGAGGACCGGAGCGGCUGAGGCGACGGGGGGGGUGCCGGCUCCCCCGGUCUCAUUUCGGGGUCUCCCCGCAGAUCCCCGCCGAGAUGUUCUUCACGUGUGGCCCCAACGAGGCCAUGGUGGUGUCGGGUUUCUGCCGCAGCCCCCCUGUCAUGGUGGCUGGGGGGAGGGUGCUGGUGGUGCCGUGUCUGCAGCAGAUCCAGCGGAUCUCCCUGAACACCCUGACCCUCAACGUGCGCAGCCACGAGAUCUACAAGGACCGGCAGAAGUUCUCAGAACAGGUUUUCAAAGUGGCCUCAUCCGACCUCGUCAACAUGGGGAUCAGCGUGGUCAGCUACACCCUGAAGGACAUCCACGAUGACCAGGACUACCUGCACUCGCUGGGGAAGGGCCGCACAGCACAGGUCCAGCGCGAUGCCCGUGUGGGGGAGGCCGAGGCCAAGCGGGACGCCGGCAUCCGCGAGGCGCGGGCACGCCAGGAGCAGGUCUCUGCGCAGCUGCUGAGUGAGACAGCGAUGGCGCAGGCCCAGCGCGACUUCCAGGUGCAGCAGGCGCUCUGCGAUGCCGCUGUCAAUGCCCGCAAGGCCCAGGCCGACCUGGCCUACCAGUUGCAGGUGGCGAGGACGAAGCAGCAGAUCGAGGAGCAGCGGGCGCAGGUGCUGGUGGUGGAGCGGGCGCAGCAGGCGCAGCUGCAGGAGCACGAGAUCGGCCGCCGUGAGCGCGAGCUGGAGGCCACUGUCCGCAAACCCGCCGAGGCCGAGCGCUACCGCCUCGAGCGCCUGGCCGAGGCCCAGCGGUCGCAGAUGAUGAUGCAGGCAGAGGCUGAGGCUGAAGCCAUGAAGGUGAGUCUGGGGGGGGAACCAGGUCUCUGGGUGGCAGAGGCGGUAGCGCAGCCGCUGCUGGGGACACGGCGUGUGACGUUGGUGGCCGGUGGCUCCGGGGACAUCGGGGUGUCGCGGUUACCGGGGGAGAUCCUGGACGUCGUCACCCGCCUGCCCGCCACCGUCGAGGCCCUCACGGGCGUCAGCGUCACCCAGGCCGCCCAGAAGAAGUCCGAGUGCCAGGCCUGAUCCAGUGCCACCGCGUCCCCAAAGUGCCACUACAUGCUGGUGCCACCCUGCCUGUGAGGCGACACCACCCCCAGGAUCCCACGUCUGCAUGGUGUCACCACUCCCUGGAACCCCCAUCUCGCCUAAGUGCCACCACCUCCCAGUGAUACUGUGUCCCCAAAGUGCCAUCAUGCCACCCUACCUGCAAGGUGUCACCACCCCCUGGAGCCCCUGUCCCCAUGGUGUCACCAUCUCCUGGAACCUCCUCGCCAAAGUGCCACCAGCUCCCAGCGAUACUGUGUCCCCAAAGUGCCACUACCCCACAGUGCCACCAUAUCCCCAAAGUGCCACCAUUCCACUGCACUAGUGUCCUCCCAUGGUGCCACCACCCCGAGAUCCCACUGUGCCCCCGAGAUGCC